CCAUCCCGUUCUAUCCGAUCCUAGCUGAUUCGUCCUCCUCAUCCUCUCUAUCCUUCUUGAUUGGUAUCCGUUCAUCCCGUCACAACUCAGAGGAACAGACAGAGUUUUCGCUAACUCGAUCAUGAGCUACCAGCAGGGAUACCCGCCGCCGGGCACUGCAGCAGCGUACCCUCCGCCGGGCCACCAGCAGCAGGCCUACGUCGCGCCGCCUCCGGCUAUGUACCAGCAGGAUCAACAGUACCCUCCUGCCGGCGCCGACACCACCAGCCGCGGCGGACACGGCCACGGUGGCGAUGGCUUCUUGAAAGGAUGCUGCGCGGCGCUGUGCUGCUGCUGCCUCCUCGACGCCUGCUUCUGAUCGACUUCGUCCCAUGUUGUUCCACCGGCACGAUCAGGCGUGGCAGAUAGAUUAUAUAGAGUAUCGUCAUACUUAUUUUGCUUCUUUUUUAACGUGGUUGAUGUGUUGAGUACUUGUCCCAGAACAAGUUUUUUUUUCUUUUUUUUUAGAAGCAGAACAAGAUUUCUUGUGUGUGAUAAAAAAAAUUAACAAGUUCCUGUGUGUGAUAGAUAGACAUGUGAGAUUUAUCCGAUGGCCUUAUGGAAUGUAUAUUUUCUUGGUGUUUUCUUUUAUGAUAACUUGUCGCAUUUAUUUAA